AUGUUCGCUGAGUUUUUAUUGGAGCUGAAAUAUAUCUGUCCAGCUGAUGACUUUAUUUUUAAAUCAACAUCCAUUCGAUUCGAGCAAACUUUCUAUGCAUUUUAUCACAUUCAUCACUAUCUUUCGAAAUCGAAUAGCAUCCCACUUAGAACAGGAUGGAUUGAAAGACGUAUUGUGACGAUAGGUUACCAAAUUUUUAUAAAUAUUAAUGGGGAUUUCAAAAUCAAGAUGAACAUCUUCAACCAGACCAUCGAAGGAUUGGUCAAGGACGGUUACAACGGUAUCAUAACGACCUCGACCGAGUUCACCGCCGGCACAGAGUAUUACGCAAAGUUGUAUAUCAACAACACCAAACUCUACUGGAUGACUCGUGGAAGAUCUACCAACACCACCAAUCUCUCCUAUUUCACCUAUAACAUUGGUAUCUGCCAAUACAUCGUUGGUUAUUUCGCUGGACUCUGGUCCAAGACUGGACAGAUUGGGUAUGUCGCACCGGGUUUGCCAGACGUCGCCAACUACAAUGCCAAUGCCCUGUUUGUGGGUGCACGUGCCGCCAAUCCCAAUGCAACCGUUCACACCUGGAAUACCGGUGGUUGGUAUAUGGUGGACGAAGGUAUUGGUGCCACCAAUGAUCUUAUGAGCAAGGGUAUCGAUAUUGUCAGUCAAAACCAAAACGAUAUGACAGUCGAAGUCGAAGCAAUGAAGCAUGGACUUAUCGGUCUUGGAACCAACGGUUAUCCCUUCUCCAGAGUUUACGGUCCAAGAAUUGGUUUCAGUUUUGUCAACAACUGGACUAUGGUAUUUGUAAACUUUACUGAAUUGAUUAUCAACGAUGCCAACCAUUCUACAAAGACAUAUGGUGAUUUUGAUAAUUUCCUUUCACUUGAUAAAUUUAGUUUUACUGUAAAUACAACUAUUGUUGAUAAAGUAACUGCUGAAAUUCAUAGAUUGAUAGGUAUGCCAAGAGAGAAGCAUCCUUAUUUCUGUAAUGAGUAUAAUCACUACGUAUGGGAUGGAAUGGGUGUUUAUACCAACAACUGUAUGACUACGCCGCAAUUCUUUUUACUUAAUGAUCCGUAUCCUGGUAUGACGUACUAUGGUUAUUACCAAGUACCUCUCACCAAAAUAGAGGAUUCCAAUGGUUUGAUCUAUGGUUACGGUAUCACAGCAGGUGUUCUCAUCUUAAUCUGUAUUGUUAUGAUCUGUCUAAUCCAAAAGUAUAACACCUAUCACGCCAUUAGAUCAGCCAGUCCAUUCUUUUCUAUAAACAUUUUGUUUGGUGGAAUCAUUACCUAUGCUGCCGUCAUUAUCUAUGUCAUCCCCAAGAGUACCGUGCAAUGCAAUGUAAGAUUCUGGUUGUUGGCAAUUGGAUACUCAUUGCUGAUUGGUUCACUCGUAAUCAAAAACAUAAGAAUCUGGUUGAUCUUUAGAGACUCUUCGCGUCUACAAAUGAGAAAGAUUACCAACACCCAACUCUAUCCGUUUGUCGCUGCUUUGGUUGGUGUCAUGGUUGUGUUGCUUAGUAUAUUGGCUGCACCAUCCAUCGGUAAUCACCGUGCUGUAGACUCUAACAACGGUCUUGGCAAGUACGAAUUCGAGGAGAUUUGCGUUAUGUCUAAUGAAGGAUCGAUCGUACUCUACGUUCUUCUCAGUGUAUUUGCGUUACUCAUAUUCAUGGGCGUGUUUGUUUCCUGGAAGAUCCGUAUCGUCGACAUUGAAGAGUUCAACGAAAGUAAGCAAAUUGCAAACACCCUCUACGCAGUGUUGGUGUCGAUCUUUAUCGUUGUACCACUCAUGGUUUCACCCCAAACUCAAAGCAGUGAAACCAUUAUCAUUUGUUCAUCUGCAUUGUUUAUCACUACAAUCUCAUUGAUGAUUUUGUUCAUUCCGAAAUUCUACAAGGUAUACCGCUUUGGAAAGACACCAUCGUCUAAUCCCGAGUUCCUCAGUGCAGCACGUAGUCCAAUCGCUGUGCAGAGAAGCGAAAAAUCGGGAUCUGGUCAUACCUCGGGCAAGGGUUCAUCGUUCCACGACGAAGAGGCCAGUGCCGAAUCAAAGGAGGAAGAGCCAGUCGUUGGCGAAGAGCCAGAGCCAGAGGAGGAACAAACACCAGUACCAAUACACGCCACCUUUGAUUCCGAUGAUGAAGAUGAAGCAAAUCGCGAAACUCCAAUCCAAACACCUGGUACAAUGACAGCAAUUGUAUCAAAUCAAAAUACAGAGUAUAAUUAA